AAUAAACUAUAAAAAUGGGAACUUGGAGUAUCAUUCCCUCGUCUUCUUCACUCGUCACGUUAAACAGAAGGGGCAAAAAAGUGCAGAAGAAGAAAAGGAAUUAUAGCAUUGUGAGCAAACUCGGAAAUUCACAUUCAUCAAUGGACUUCUGGCGUAAAGCUCGGUCCAUCGCGGAGGACGCCACCAAGUCUUCUCAGGAGCUAACCAAGGAUGCUGCCAAGCGAUCGCAAGAGCUCACAAUUGGUUCUUCCAAGAUCUCCGACAUCGUUUCUGAAACGGCUAAGCGCUUCAAGGAUAUCGCCUCUGAGGCCUCCAAACGCUCACAGGAGAUUACAAUCGGUUCAUCCAAGUUAUCCGACAUCUUAUCCGAGACGGCUAAGCGUUUAAAGGAGAUCACUGCCGAGAAGUCCAAGCGAGCCUACCAGAUCAAGACCCAAGUCAUCAAGAGAGCUGACCAGAUCAAGUCUCUACCCGAGGGGAUCACGCCAUCCUCUCUACUCGCUCGCACGGUCCCAGCUGUGGAGUCGCAGCUAGACGACAAGGAGAAGAGCUCGAGAGGUUUGGUGUUAUAGAGGAGAGAGUUCGUGAAUGAAAUUACUAUGAGCACAUUUUAAGACUUUCCAUUGCAAGUGCAGGAAAUGAAAAGAAUUUGGGACUUCUAAUGCUACAUGAUGGUGCUUUUUGUUUAUUGAGGAAAUGCAGGAACUUUAUUUUCUUGUUUUCAAUUUGGCUAAGUGUGACCUUGAGACCCUUGCGUACUGUCCUCUAUUGUUGUUGGCUGCAUUGGAAAGUUUCACAUCACACAAUCAAUGUAAUUGACAUCUUUUUAUAUAGUUUUAAGCAUUUUGGUUGUCAAAUUGGAUGAUUGUUUGAUAUGUUGUAGAUGACUCAGAGAUGUCUGACGUGCCUAUGGUGUCAAAUAUGAGGCAGGAUCUUACACAGUGGCAAGAAAAGCAUGGCCACCUCGUUCUAUCAAGUAUCAACAGUCAAGGUUGCUUCCUUUCUUGUUACACAUAUUACGGAUGUUGUAAUCCCAUAACUGCAAUUGAAUUUUAUGAAUUAUACAUAUUGAACCUUAAAAAUAUUAAAUUGUUGAAAGGAGAAAAAAGUCAUAUUUGAAACACGCAAUUGGUUGCUUAAUGAAGGAAACUCUGAGGAGCUUAAAGAA